AUGAGGUCCCUCGCGUCUCUUUCUGCCCUAUCCUGGGUCCUGCCCUCUGCAGUAGCGGCAGUGACAAUCGCUGAAAUCAACGGAAACACGUACCUUUCCCCGCUAAAGGGCGAGAGCGUUUCCGGCGUCGAAGGCCUGGUCACGGCCAUUGGCGAGAACGGCUUCUUCAUCCGUUCGACCACUCCAGACUCCGACGAUGCUACCUCGGAGUCCAUCUACGUCUACGGAAGCAGUUCCGUCUCCAAGGUCACUGUCGGAGACAUCAUCACGCUCAGCGGAAAGGUCUCGGAGUACCGGUCUCAGGACACAUACCUCCACCUGACAGAGAUCACCUCCCCGUCUAGCAUUGUUGUCGAGAGCAGCGGCAACGAGGUGACCCCCGUCGUGAUUGGCAAGGACCGCUCUCCCCCGACAGAGGUGUACUCUGCUCUCGACACUGGUGACAUUUAUGCGCUUCCAAACAACGUCAGCCGUAUCUCCGAGGAGAACCCCGUCCUGAAGCCCGAUGCCAAUGGUCUCGACUUUUGGGAGAGUCUCAGCGGUGAGCUCGUCUCGUUGACUGACUUGACCAUCAUCACCAAGCCGAACCAGUACGGCGAUGUCUUUGUUCGAGGCAACUGGGCUGUUUCAGGCCUGAAUGAGCACGGUGGUCUGACCAUGACUGCCAAGGGUAUGUUUUCUUAG